AUGUCCGAACCUACGUCCAUUGAAGUGCAGCAGGAACAGCAGGCUGCCCUCGAAAGCAUGCGCCAGUUUAUCAAAUCCAAAACCUCUUACGAUGUGUUGCCUGUGUCAUAUAGGUUGAUCGUGUUGGACACAUCGCUUUUGGUCAAAAAGUCGUUGAACAUCUUGUUACAAAAUAACGUUGUGUCGGCGCCGUUGUGGAACUCCACCAAGUCCAAGUUUGCCGGGUUGUUGACCUCCACUGAUUUUAUUAACGUCAUCCAAUACUACUUCCAGUUCCCCACCAAAAUGGAUUUGGUUGAGUCCUUGACCCUUGAUGGAUUGAGGGACAUAGAACGCGCCAUCGGAGUUGCUCCUAUGGAAACCGCCUCGAUCCAUCCUUUCAAGUCCUUAUACGAUGCAUGCUUGAAGAUGAUUAGCUCAAAGGCCAGAAGAAUCCCCUUGGUUGACAAGGACUUGAAGACGCAGAGAGAAAUUGUCGUGUCCGUGUUGACCCAGUACAGAAUCUUGAAGUUUGUGUCGCUUAAUUGCAAGGAAAUCACGAGACUAAACAUUCCUUUGAAAGAGUUGAAUAUUGGCACCUACGAAGGGUUGUCGACGGUGUCGAUGAGCACCCCUGUCAUGGAUGUGAUCCACUUGUUAACGUCCCGAAACGUCUCCUCGGUUCCAAUUUUAAGCGAAACCCAGGACGGAUCCCAAGGGACUUUAAUCAAUGUUUACGAGGGUAUUGACGUCUUGGCAUUGAUCAAGGGCGGCAUUUACAACGAUUUGUCUUUGAGCGUGGGGGAAGCAUUAUUGAAGAGACCGGAAGACUUUGAAGGGGUGUUCACGUGUACAUUGAAUGAUAAAUUGUCCACAAUUUUGGAAAUCAUCAAGAAGAACAGAGUACACAGAUUGUUCGUGGUGGACGAUCAAGGAUUCUUGAAGGGAGUGGUGACUUUGAGUGACAUUUUGCAGUAUAUUUUGUUGGGUUAA